CAAUGAAAGCGCGCCUGAGUGGACAGUCAUUCGAUGUGGCUUUUUAUUUUUUUUUUUAUCUCCUUCUCUUUGCUCCUCAUCCUCUUUACGAACCGGAACAUUAGCGCCAUGUCCAUAGCCAAGUUCCAGGCGGAGUGGCAGGAAAUCGACGAGGAAUUUCAACAAUUGCAGGAAAUCCACAAACGAUAUCGGCAAAAAUUAGAGGAGCUGACCAAUCUUCAGACCACUUGCAGCGGCGCCAUCGUCAAACAAAGAAAGUGUCUGAAAGAGCUUCAAUGCAGCUUAAGCAAGUGUGCGCGAGAAUGCGACGAAAAGCAGAUGCCGGCGGUAGCCGACAUACAAAGUCAAAUCAAGGAGAAGGAGAACGUCUUCUUUGAUAUGGAGGCGUAUUUACCAAAGAAAAACGGACUGUACUUGAACUUAGUCCUGGGCAACGUGAAUGUGACACUCCUCAGCAACCAGGCCAAGUUCGCUUACAAGGACGAGUAUGAAAAGUUCAAGCUUUACAUGACCAUCAUCCUCAUGUUCGGGGCCAUCACUUGCCUAUUUUUCCUUAACUACCGCGUGACAGAUGAAAUUUUCAACUUUUUGCUGGUGUGGUACUAUUGCACAUUGACGAUACGGGAAAGCAUCCUCAUGACGAACGGGUCCAGGAUUAAAGGCUGGUGGGUGUCUCACCAUUACGUGUCCACCUUUCUGUCUGGUGUCAUGCUUACUUGGCCAGAGGGGCCCAUGUAUCAGAGGUUCAGAAGCCAGUUCCUGGCUUUCUCCAUCUACCAGAGUUUUGUGCAGUUCCUCCAAUACUACUAUCAAAGCGGCUGCUUGUACAGGCUGCGAGCUUUGGGGGAGAGGAACCAGCUGGACCUAACAGUGGAGGGAUUUCAGUCGUGGAUGUGGCGAGGCCUCACCUUUCUUUUGCCUUUCCUCUUUUUCGGCCACUUUUGGCAACUGUAUAAUUCGGUGACCCUGUUCCGCUUGGCGGGACGAGAGGACUGCAAGGAGUGGCAAGUGUUUAUGCUGGCUCUUACAUUCCUGGUCCUAUUUCUGGGUAACUUCCUGACCACGUUAAAAGUGGUUCACCAGAAGGUGCACAACAAGCAGGACAGUGUGAAAAAAAACAAUUGAGACGCUCGGAUUUGUACUUUUCGGGAAGUCGGCAAACGGCCGGAUGGACUUACUGCGCGGACGUUUGUGGAUUUUUUUUCCUUUCUCUCAGGUGUCGACCCGUUCAGACGCUGUCGCGAGGGUUCGGGUCCCGGCCGACGUCCGCAUCGCUGCUCCAUCCUGUACAUAGAAAAAGUAAAAAAACACGAUAGACUAUUUGUUGUGCACUAAUCUAAACUUAUGCAACUACAAGAAAGAUCCACUUAGCCUUUGGACCGCCGGAAGUUUCAUAUUGAAUUUUUCUGCCAUCAUUUAGUGGCGAAACGACUGUAAGUCACGCUUCCGUCCGGUUAUGCCUCGAAGCAGAGCAAAAAAAAAAAACCUGAAAAAAUCGGAAAAAUGAUAGUUCGUUUUUCAAAUAUGUGGUAGGUAGAAAGGUUUAGUUUUUUGUUUUUUUAUUUAUUGACAGCGGGCGAGCUAGGAGAUCUUGGACUCUAACCACUUUCAUGUCGUGUGCACGAAAGUCGAAUCACAUUUCAUGUAUGUUAGUUUUUUAAUUGUAUCACGUUGCACAGUUUGUUUUCAAAUCACAUGCCGGCCAAUAUGGCGUCAGUACUGUAACGGAACAAGGAAGGGAUGGGAACUUGUUUCUCUCAAUUGCAAGCAAAAAAAAAAGGAAUAUUUCUA